AUGUCUACUGCAGACUCGAAAGUCAAAGGGCCCAAAUGGCCUACCCACAACGCACCACGCGUUUGGUUCCUGACUUGCGCCAAUAGUCCACUCGGCGUAUCGCUGUGUAGACAUCUGCUACAGCACGGCGACUAUGUGACGGCAGGCGUGCAGCCGGUGGAGUUUGAGCGGCAGGCGGAGCGGAGUAGAGACUUCAAGGAUUUCUUGGGAGAGCUGGCUUCGGUCGGCCAGGCAAAGGAGGGCGCUGAUGAAGAUGCUGGCGAAGAAGUAUCAACCGACAAGCGCAAGGAGCGACUGGAUAAGGAAGAAAAGGAGAAGGAGCUAUGGCGCAGCCGGCUGAGAGUGGUCGCUCUGGAUGUACGGAUCAUGGGACAGUGUCAAUCGGCUGUCGCGGAGGCAGUGCGCUGCUUUGGGCGUGUGGACAUUCUGUUCUGCUGCCAAUCCGAAGUCGUCGUUGGGACGUUGGAAGAGUUGUCUCAGAGUCCACGUACUCUUAGUCUGGUAAAGGACCAAUUCGAGACCAACUUCUUCGGCCCCGUCAACAUCAUCAAGGCCACCCUCCCUGCCUUUCGAUCGAAGAAGAAUGGGCACAUAGUACUGCUGACUGCUAUCACGGGACAUCUAGGGACACCCGGACUGAGCAUGUAUUGUGCCUCGCAAUGGGCGAUCGAAGGCUACUGCGACAGUCUCGCGUACGAGAUCGCGCCGUUCAACAUCAAGAUGACGAUUGUGCAGCCGAAUAUGGAGGUCAAUGUCCUGACGCAUCGCAUCACGUCUGCGCCACCAAUGGCCUGCUAUACAGAAGAGAACAACCCAGCUCCGCUGUCGAGAAACAUACUCUCCUCGCUCCUAGACCGCAUAGACGGUGCUGCUGAGCCAGUCACUGGAGACCAGCUACACUCAAGCGAAGUACAGAGUCUAUACCCUCCGCUCAGCAAGGGCAUGAAGGAGCGACUUGUAGCAGAGACAGUACAUGCUGUGGCUGCAAUCGGUGGUCACGAUAACCCACCAGCGCGACACAUUGUUGGGAUGGAAGGCGUGCUGGCAGUGAAGGAGAAGCUGAAGACCGUGAGCGAGGAGCUGGAAGACUUCGUCGAAUGCAGCAGCGCGGCCGAUAUUGAGAAGCACGAGGACAUGCAAACGCCAUUGCAGCACAGCACAUUUCCUGGGACCUGA